AUGUCGGCACCUCAGGCCCUUCCUAAGCGCAUUGUCAAGGAAACGCAAAUGCUUCUAACCGAUCCUGUCCCAGGCAUCACAGCCCAGCCUCACGAUGAUAACCUGCGCUACUUUGAUGUGACGGUUUCUGGCCCGGCAAUGACUCCCUAUGAGGGCGGAAUUUUCAAAUUGGAGCUGUUCCUGCCCCAGGACUACCCCAUGGAGCCACCGCGGAUCCGGUUUCUCACCAAAAUAUACCACCCCAAUAUUGACCGCCUGGGUCGCAUUUGUCUAGACGUCCUUAAGGACCACUGGUCCCCGGCUCUCCAGAUUCGCACCAUUCUUCUUUCUAUUCAGGCGCUACUGGCCGCGCCCAAUCCAGACGACCCGCUAGCUAACGACGUCGCUGCUGAAUGGAAAGAGAACCAGCCGAAGGCGCUGGAAACAGCCAAAGAGUGGACAAAGCAGUACGCCUCUCCUUAA